AUGCCUUUCAUUAAUAAAAAAUACUUAUCAGCCAUUCCAGGGCUCGUGGAUUUCGGCCUCGGUCGACCAAACGAAAAUAAUCCAUAUGGGUUGUCAGUGGCCGAGAUACGAAGAAAAGGCUGGUUCUUACUCUUCCUCGCGAGCGAAACCUACACCUUUGCCAUUGUAUUCUGCAAGUUUGCCAUCUUGGCAUUUUACUGGCGGAUAUUCAAAUACACCAGCAUCCGAAUCGCCAUCCAAGUUCUCUCCGUCGUGACCAUGGCCUGGUUCCUCCUUCGCGUGUUCAUGGUCAGCUUCCAGUGCGUUCCAAUCCAAGCGCUAUGGGACCCGUCGAUCAAGAAUGGGAGAUGCACCAUUAAGAAGCCGACUCUCUUCUUCUCCACAGGACUGACGCAUCUCUUGAUUGAACUAGUCUUGCUCAUUCUUCCGGCAACCGAACUGCGAAAACUCCAUCUCCCUCUGGGCCAAAAGAUUGCUGUUAUAUUACUCUUCAUGACCGGGAUAUUAACUUGCAUCGCAUCUAUUUUCGUAGCUAUCACGGCAAUGCAGUUUGACCAGAACACGCAGGAGUUGGGGCUUGACUUGGCCAAGCACAUGACUUGGCGCGUGGCUGAGGUUAACUUGGCUGGCGUCUCCAGUAUGUAUACUCGAUUUGCGAUCCUUCUCUGGCCGACUGGUAUAAUACCAUUCCUACUGUUUUCUAAUAUAAUGCCCGCAGCUUCAUUGCCAUUGAUUCUGCCCAUCAUCCGCAAAAUCGUCCCCGGACGGUUCCUCAACUCACAUAGCGAGCGGCCACCUCUCCAAGCCAUUAAUAUCGAGAGAAGUAGGGGGAGGCUCACGUCGAUCAUUAAGAAAAGGAUACACAACGCAGAGGGAGCAAGCUCGCGAAAUGAGCUUGCCAACUUGGAUAGCAACAAGGGGAGUGCUCCUCUAAGCAUCGCCGAGCCGUGUUUGAUUGCUAGCUGCCAUAACAACCACUGA